AUGGACGCUAUGUGCCUAGAGAACCAGAGCCUGCAGAGGAAGGCACUAGAGGACCAGCAGGCUUUGGCCAAUCAUCAGAAGUUAAUACUAGAUCUGAGAGAAAGUCAGGUUGCAAAGGAAAACGAUCUUUUGCAGAACAAGAAGGAUAUUACUGAACUAAAAAGACAAAACGCCUCGAAACAGGAAAACUUAUUGGAAUAUGAGAGGAAGAUCCAAGAGCUACAGAAAGAUCUGGCUGGAAAAAAUGAGCAGAUAGAGGGGCUCUUGGUGCAAGAUACCAACAAGCAAAUGGAACUGGAUGAACUUCGUAAGCAACUAGAGGCGAAAGCGAAAGAAUCUGUCAACUGCAAUGAAAUCAAAGAGCAAUUCGAGAAAAUAGCAGUUGAAAAACAACGAGAAAUCUGUGAGCUUCGAAGAGAGAUAGAAGACAGAGAUAGUGAUAUAUACAAGCUUCUUUUUUGUGAGAAGGAAGUUGAAUGUCUCAAGAUGAAAUUAGAAGAAAAGCAAUUGGCUUUUGAUGAACUUGUAAGCCAAAAUGAAAGUAAUGAAAAAAAUUUAAUUGAAAAAGUAAAUGAAAAACAAAAAGAAAUUGAUAAACUUCGACAGGACGUAGAAGACAAAGAGAAAGAAAUGGACAUGUAUAUUCAAAAGGAGAAGGAAAUGAAUGAUUUUAAGGAAGAAUUAAAAGACAAGAUAUUACUUUUCGAUAGAAUUUUGAGUCUAAAUGAAAGACAUGAGCAAGUAGUAGUUGAAAAACAAAAAGAAAUUAAUGAACUUAAAAAGCAAUUGGAAGACAAAGAUAGGGAAAUGGACAGGCGUAUUCAAUACGAGAAGCUCAACAAAUGUGGUCAGAUCACUGGAAAAGAAGACAAAGCAGAUCCUCUCGAGGAGGAACUUGGGGAGAAGGAACAACACGAGAUUGAAGAGCUCCUGAAGGAGUUGAAGAAGAAGCAGCGGGAGAUUGAGGAGCUUUCGUGUCAAAACCUGAGACAAGAGGAGGAACUACAAACGAAGCAGAAGGAAGUUGAACUGAUUAAGAACCUGAUGGAAGAAGAUCGGGCCCAGCACUUGGAGUACGUGGAAUCCUGCUUUAAGGAAAUAAACGAGCGCAUAGGCAAGAAGAUCACCGAGAUGGAAGUAGAGGUCUUUUGUCUACGCGAAGAAGUUCAGCAGAAGAACAGAUUGCUGAAGGAACUUGGAGUCCCGUUGGAAAUUCUCAACGAGGAGCCGGGACAAGUGGAGGAUGAAAAAGGAAGCUCGUCUCCAACAGCUGGAUGCUGA